CGAGGCCUAGCGCAUCUGGGCGCCCGGCGCAGGCGUGGGAUCGCGACGCGGACCCUUCUCUUUUCUCUGCCGGCGUCGUCGUCGUCGUCUUCCGCAUCAGGGGUCUCUCCUCCCUGCUCCACUAAUCGGGCCCUGCCUGCAGCCUCUAGGGGGCGUUGCGGCUGCUUCUCUGGUCUCUCUGCCUGCAGCUGCGUGGGGGGAAAGGAAAACAGGCGAGGCGGGUCCCCCUGGAGGGCGGUGGUUGCCGCAGAGGGGCGGCCUUGGCUGCCCUCCUGGGCUGGCUCUCUUGUCUCUUCUUCCCUCCUUGCUUUUGUCUGCUUUCGGCGGCGCCGCUGGAGUUCUCGCAGCAGCAUCCUCGAGGAGCAGCAGCAGCAGCAGGGGGUUGUGUUCUGCAGAACCUGGCCUUCUGGUCAUGGCAACGAUUGUGGCAGAGAAGCUCAGCCACCUUUUCAUCAAUACUCAACACCUGUUGAAAGUCCCUCGGCUCCUGGAGAACGUCCUCCCCUCUCCUUCCUAUACUGUGGAGGUGUCAGCUGUCCCCCGGCUCUUCCGGAAGCCGUACAUUCACGCCGGCUACCGCCCCCUCAACCAGACCUGGAAGUACUACUUCCUGUCGCUCUUCCAGCAACACAACGAGGCCGUCAAUGUCUGGACGCACCUGGUGGCUGCCUUGGUCCUGGUGGUCAGGUUCUGGUGGCUCUCGCAGAUGGUUGACUUCCGCAGCGACCUGCACACACAGCCCCUCUUCAUCAUCUCCGCCUCGUCAAUCAUCUACACGACGUUCAGCACCUUGGCGCACCUCUUGCAGGCCAAGUCUGAGUUCUGGCACUGUGCCUUCUUCUUCUUGGACUACGUGGGGGUGGCCACCUACCAGUACAGCAGUGCCUUAGUGCAUUUCUAUUACGCCAUAGAGCCAGAGUGGCAUGCCAAGGUCGCGGGUUUCUACAUCCCUGGAGCGGCCUUGCUGGCGUGGCUUUCCUGUGCUGGCUCCUGCUAUGCCAAGUACAGAUGUCCCCACCUCUCGUCCCUGCUGGGCAGACUCUGCCAGGAAAUGCCCUCCGCCAUGGCGUACGCCUUGGACAUCAGCCCAGUGCUUCACCGCAUUUAUGCUUCCUCUUCCUCGGGGCCCACAGACCUGGCCGUCUUAUAUCACAAGUGCCACGUGCUCUUUUUCCUGAUCGGGGCCUUCUUUUUCUCCUACCCAUAUCCGGAAAAAUUGUUCCCUGGGAAGUGCCACUUUGUUGGCCAGGGACACCAGAUCUUUCAUAUGUUCCUCAUACUUUGCACCCUCACCCAGGUGGAGGCAGUGCUUCUGGAUUACGAAACGAGGCGGCCCAUCUACACCCAGCUGCAUGGGGACCUGGCGCCCCUCUUUUCCGCUCUGUGCCUUCUCGUUCUGGUGUGCUGCAGCCUCACAGCCCUCUACAUGACCGUCAAAGUGAAACGUCAGCUGGCCUGGAAAAAGGAGUGAAAAAGGCGGCGGAGAGAAUCGACCUGCCAGUUUCCUUGUGAUGCUCGCUCUUGGGCAUGAGCGCCGUCCACAUGGUUGGACUUUUAAGGUCUUGGGCAUUCUGUCUAGGAUGGCUGCGGGCCACCUCCCAGCAGGAGAGCUGCCCCUCCUCGAGCAACAGUGUGUUUCUUGUUUACUUCCAUGGUGCUUGCUACACUUGAGGGGAUCUGGAUCAGGAGUUGCAUGGUAAAGAGCCCCUGGUGGCGCAGUGGUAAAACUGCUGCCCUGUAACCAGAAGGUUGCAAGUUCGAUCCUGACCAAGGGCUCAAGGUUGACUCAGCCUUCCAUCCUUCCGAGGUUGGUAAAUGAGUACCCAGAAUGUUGGGGGGCAAUAUGCUAAAUCAUUGUAAACCGCUUAGCUUCCAGCUAUAGAGCGGUAUAUAAAUGUAAGUGCUAUUGCUAUUGCUAAAGGAAGUCAUGCAAACAGAGCACUCUUGCAGGAGGAGAGAGCCUGCUGUCUGGAUGCAAUAGAACUUUGCUUCCAGGGGGCGGUUUGCUCCCCCCAGCAACAGUGCACUGCUUGUACAUCUUCCUCACAUUUGUAACCCACCCUUCCUAUUGGUGGUCUUAGUGGUGGUAAAACUUCAGGAAAGUUGGAUCAGGGAUUUGACCGGGUGGGUGACCCCUUCCCAUAUUCUUGGCUCUUGGGCAGGGGUUGGUCUUGCUCUAUGCAGGAGCUGGCCACAAUGCUGUUUCAGCAUACCUGACCUAUGCAGUUGCAGGCACGGGAUCCGGGAUAGCCCACUGGUCCUCUGGUUCAUCUGCAUGGCUAACAGGGACUCUUGCCGGCCAGGCCAGGCUGUGAUGCCUUCCCAGCUGCCUCCUGGUGUUCAAGGCAGGGAAUGAAAACAUUCCUGAUCUUUCUAGAGAUUCUCACAGGUGUGUGCAGCCGUGAUGAACCAGCAAUCCAAGAAGCUGCUGUGCGGAUGUGCUUUAAGGCAGGGAUGGCUCUAUUAGCAGUGCAAGUGGGGUGAAGCUGUUGACAAGUCAUGCUAUUUUUUUUUUUUUAGUGCCGUUUGGUGGUGAAGAGCUAUUUAGACAACUGUUACGUGGAAAGGAAUGAACGGCAGGGGGGUGGAUGGUCCUAAGUGGCUGUCCCUAAAAAUAUAAUCAAGUGCUGCUCUCGGGCCAAAAGUCCAUUUUGUGUAGCACUCUGUCCUGGCCAAAUCCCCUGGGAAACUCUCCAGCAUAGAAGAAAGCUGCCUUAUACUGGGUUGGACCCCUGGUGCAUCAAGCUAAGUGUUGUCUACACUGACCGGCAGCAAUUCUCCAAGCUUUCAGACAGGUAUUCCCCAGUUCUGCCUGGAGAUGCUGCCAGGGAUUGAACCUGGACCUUCUGCAUGCCAAGCAGAUGCUCUUCCAUUGAGCUAUGGUCCUUCUGCAACAGGAUAUGAUGGAGAUAACCCUCCCCUGUUGAUUGUCCUUAGCAUUUGCUAAUCAGAGCUAUACUGACUCCAGAUGUAGAGGUGUCAUUCACAGAACAGUUCCCCCUGAGUGUGUCUAUUUCUGUUUACUCCACAAAGUCACUUGUGGACAUUGUCUCAUCUUGUGCCAAUGAAUUCCAUGUCAAUUUUGCAUCGUGUGAAGAAGUACUUUGUUUCUGUGCUGUUUAGACACUUAAGUCUGGUAGUUGUGACCCCUGAUUCUUCUGCGCUGGGUUGCACUUAACAUAACUCAGUCAAGAAGUGCUCCAGAACAUCUCCAACACGUGACAGAUUUUCGGAUCCUGAGAAACCCUUGAAAAUGUGGGUGGUAGGAUAUGGUGAACCAUAUUCCUCAUUCACAUUGGAAACCAUUGUGUUUCAAAAUAUGGCAAUUUGUUGUACAGCCAUCAACGUGGCUGUAUGAAUUGGUCUAGAGUUCUUCAGGGUUGUGUACUUUCAUAUAAUGUUCAGGGGAAUAUUGGGAAUUGAGUGAUCUUCAACUCUGUAAAUCUAAAGCUUGGGUUUAAACUUGGCCAUUUCUAUGGUGCUUUCCUGAUUACCCGCUACAACAGCGGUAAAAUAUUUGGCUUGGGCAGAUCGUAUUGAAAACGUGAAUAAAGAAUUGAAGCUGUUUGUUGUGCAAAGCCAACAGCAGGGAGCAGUCUCUUCUAGUUUGCGCAAAACUCUACAGUGGGGAUAUACAGUUUUUUUGUGUGCCGCCCAUGCGAUGUUAUAGGACUGCAACACAGCAUUAAAACCCCAAAGAAGGCAUCGGAAAUGUGAGCGGCAGCUUGCUGACAGCGAUGGGUCUGCGAUGUCAAAACACAGGUCAUUCUGAAACACACUUAAGGCACAUAGUGACACUGUUGUAGUGUCCAAUCUGGAAGGCGCCCAUAUGGCAAUAUUAGUGUACGAUAGUCAAUGCUUUUCUGCAAGUUCUGAGUGUGAUCUUAUUCCCCAUACACAUGUUGCUGUGGGCUUCUGUAUUACUUCCUAGAGUCAUCUUAGCCUCUGCACACAUGAUAAGCAGAGACCUUGAGCAAUUUUUAAAGCUCCACCUGCUGGCCAGCUCUUGCAUUCCAUGAGAACUCCCCCUCUUCCCCGGUUGUCAUAAAAGUGAUCAUGAAAAAGGGUGAAUUCCUCUUGUAAUGCACGAGCUGACCAGCAGGUGGAAUUGUGAGAAUUAUGAGGCCUCUGAUCAGCAUGUGUACAGAGGGUAAGAUCAAGCUAGGAAGUAGUGCGUAAGCUUGCAGCAACAUAUGUGGGGCGUAAGACCAUGCUUUGAACUAGCAUGAAAGCUUUGAAUAUCCUGCCCUUCAUUGCCAUUUGGAAAUGGCCCUAGUUUGGCUCUCAUUCUUCGCAUGUUUAGAAAAAGAAUGUGUUGCAGCUUCUUGGGAUACUGGUGAGGGAGCUACAUUUUUGGAAUGGUCCCUAAUUUCCCCUGUAAAAAGAGAAAAACACUCAUGGCUCCCUGGUAUGUUUGGACCAGAAUGUUUUUAGUGUAGCCUUUUACUCUGGGAAACACUUCAGCAUGCACACUCCUGUCUGAAUUGCAAAGUGGGAGGUCCCUACCACAUUUCUGUAUGUGCAGCUUGGAUCUAACAUGUACUGAAUAUGGUGCAGUUGAGAAAGAAGCAUAAAGAGAAUUUUUUAGGCGGAUGCUCCUAUAUAAUUGUCCUGAAAGGUUCAUGUACUAACACUCUUGUUCUUGUCUGUGUUUUUAUACAUUUAUGGGCCUGAUGAUGCUGUCCUUUGUUUCUAUAAACACUUUUCACAAGCCAAA